AUGAACGGUAGCGUGGAAAUUGUUGUAACAGAAAAAUCUGGGGAAAAACGUUUGGUCACCGUCCAAGGAACAACGGUUGAAACUACAGAUGAUCGACGGGUGCAUGAAAAUAUUGGAUAUGGAAUAUUUGUUCAAGGAUUAAAUGGAGAUUUAGCCCAUCUAUUGUUGGAUCAAGAAGAAGUGGGGACUAUGACUGUAGAAAGUUUAGCAAAAAUAAUCAAUGGUCAAGAAGCAAUAAAUGUAUCCGGACAAAUCCAAAUUAAUAAUCUAAAAAUUGAUAAUGUGGAUUUAUCUAAUGAAGAUGGUACAACAGAAAUUUAUAUUUCUGAAGAAAAGAAUAUUGCAAUUGACAUGGCUAAUGAAGCUGUGGCAAACUGUCAAAGUCUUAUGCGACCUAACCCUAUGGAUGAACUACAAUGUCAAAAAUGUGGCAAACGAUUUUCAGAUGUUAAUGCUUUAAAAUCUCACGAGUUGUCUCAUGAUGAUGGUCAAAAUGUUGAUUGUAAAUUUUUGUGUACUGUUUGUGGAGAAAAAUUUGAUAAGGCAAAUGCAUUGAGUGCACAUUUGGUUAUUCAUCGUAAUAUCAAGUUACAUCAUUGUGAAGUUUGUGGAUUAGUUUUUCCUGAUGAUGAAUCUUUAAAAGAACAUGCUCAAACACACUCUCGUCAGAAACUACACACUUGUCAAAAAUGUGAUAAGAAAUUUCCUUCAAGUUACAGAUUGUUUCGUCAUAUGACAAUUCAUACAGAAAAUCCUCCUUUUGUUUGUGAUCAAUGUGGUGUGUCCGUGGCAAAUAAAAGCGAUUUAAAACUUCACAUCAUGAAACAUACUGGGAGUGCUGUGUAUACAUGCACUGAAUGUGAUAAGAGUUUUUUAAAGCCAUCUUGCCUGCAACGACAUUCAAGCGUACAUACUGGUGAACGACCAUUGCACUGUAAAAUUUGUAACAUGACAUUUACCUAUUCUAGUAAUUUGUGUGGGCACUUAAUAGCUAGUUCUAAAGCAAAACCACAUCCGUGUACUAUGUGUGAAAAAUCAUUUAGACGACCAUCUGAUUUAGAACGCCACAUGAUGAUUCAUACUGGUGAACGUCCAUUUGUAUGUCAAGUAUGCUCUAUGUCAUUUAUUACUAAUUACAAUUUAAAAGUGCAUUCAAUGAUCCAUAAUGGGGGUUUGCCAUAUCCGUGUACAGCUUGUGAUAAAGCGUUUAGCAAACCUUCAGAAUUACAGAGGCAUAAAUUGGUACACUCUAGAGAAAAGCCAUUUUCAUGUGUCAAAUGUGAAGCUACAUUCACAAAUCAAAGUAACCUUAAAGCUCAUAUGAUAACUCAUACAGGUCGAAAACCAUUCCCCUGUCGUAUUUGUAAUAAAGGAUUCACACGUCCAUCAGACGUCAAACGUCAUAUGCUUACACAUACUGGUUGCCGUCCUUUUGCAUGUGAUGUAUGUGGCUUGGCCUUUGCCGACUCGUCAAAUUUGAAAAAACAUUCAUUGACCCACUCUAAAGAUGAUCAAAAACUCGCUUUGCAACAUCAGUGUCCAUCGUGUUGCAUCUCCUUUUUCUCAUACGAACAACUCAAUGAACAUAUUAUCUCUGGAAAUUGUACCAACAAUAGUGGGCAAGCUGAACCUAAGUACUCAUGCAAAGAAUGUGGUGCUACGUUUAAUCAUGCACUUCACUUACAGGAGCAUGCCAUCAUGCAUUCGAAUCACAGAUCAGUACACAGGUGUGACGUGUGCAACAAAACAUUCAUUCAAGAGUCGUUUUUGAUUGCACAUAAGGCUUCUCAUACUGAAUCGCGACCUCACCGUUGUGACAUUUGUGAAAAGAGAUUCAAGAGUACAUCUCAUCUGAAGAAUCAUGUAAUGAUACAUUCAGGUAUAAAGCCUUUCGAGUGCACUGUUUGCAACAAGUCUUUUUUAAAAUUAGCUUCAUUGAGACGACAUUAUGCCACACAUGAUCGUGUAAAUUUCUCAUCUGCUGUUUGCCACCAAUGUGGUAAAUCAUUCCUCAAUCAAGAAUAUUUGAAAAAACACAGUGUAGUACAUGCUGAUGCAUAA